AAUAAACUGGUUCAACCACCUGCACACUGCCACAGAGGACGUAUAUCACUACAGAGGACGUAUAUCACCUCACCUCCCUUAUCUCCACACGGUGUCCUUGUUAGUCGGUCUACCUCCCUGUUCAGCUCUCAACUCAGCCGGGCUGGGACACAGAGAGUGCCAGAGAGCGCCCCAUACCUUAUGAAGAUGAGGGCGAAGCUCGCAGUGCUGGCCGUGGUGGUGACAGCGUUUUUAUGGAGAGACACGUUUGACCCAGAGAGUGUGCGGGGAGCCAGAGUGUUGGUGACAGGUGCCAGUAUGGGCAUCGGGGAGCAGAUGGCAUACCACUAUGCCCGCCUAGGUGCCCAGCUCGUCAUCACUGCCAGGAGAGAAAGUGCCUUACAGAAAGUGGUGGAGCGCUGUAUGGAGCUUGGGGCACAGAAGGCCCUGUAUGUGUCGGGAGACAUGUCCAACCCCGCAGAUCCAGAGAGGGUCCUCAGACAGGCUGUGGCCCUACUGGGUGGCCUGGACUACUUGGUGCUGAACCACAUUGGGAACAGCCCCUAUGGGAUGUGGGACGGGGACACUGACUACGUCAGGACACUCAUGCAGAUAAACUUCGUCAGCUACACGCAGAUGGCCAGCGCUGCCCUACCCACGCUGGAGAAGAGCAAUGGAGCCGUCGUGGUCGUGUCCUCCCUCCUAGGUAAAAUGACCACGCCGUUCGCGGCGACCUAUGCCUCCACUAAGUUUGCUGUGAAUGGCUUCUUCGGCACGCUGCAGCAUGAGCUGGCCAUGCAGGGCAGCAACGUGUCCAUCACCAUCUGCACCCUGGGCCUCAUCGACACGCAGACCGCCAUGGACAAGAUACGGGGUUACACUGACAUUACCCCUUACCCGGCGAGUGAGGCGGCGUUGCACAUCAUCAAGGCGGGAGCGACGCGGCAGAAGGAGUCCCACUACCCAUGGUUCCACUGGUUCACCUGCUUCUUCCGCGAUUGGUUCCCCUACAUCAGGGACAUCUGCAUCCAGAAGUCCUUCAACUACUGAGCCCAAACAGAGCCCCCUCGGCCCCACCAAACCUGC